UCUGGCCUCCUUUACCUUCCGGCAAGGGGCCGAGGGGGGGGCGAAGCCCCUCGUGUCGGAUCAGGCGGCCAGCCUGAACAUGGACAAGCUGGCCGCCUUGGACCAGGAGACACCCAUCAGGGUGCAGUGCCUGGCAGGAGGGGAAACAGUCUUCUGCCAGGACUUGCCCCUGAGGGACCUCCUGGCCGGACUGAGGUACACUACGGCGGGGCGUCACGCCGUUUUGUACUUCAGCCUGGCCGGAGGUCUGGGUGUCCACAGGGGGCAGGGGCAGGGCUGCCCCGUGCUCUUUUGCAACAGCAAGAGAGUGGGCAGCCGCCCCAAGCCCCCCCAGGAGGACCAGGCUGUCCGCGUCCCCGAGGCGGGGCAGGAGGCCGGUCCCGCCCCAGAGGCUGGCCAGGUGGUGGCGGCCAGCCCGGGGAAGGAUGGCCUGGGCCUGUGGGUCUCGGCCCCCAGCCCGGAGGAGGGGCAAAAGGAGGCCAGGAGAGCCACGACCCCCGCGGAGGACGAGGGAGCGGGGCUCGUCCUCCGAGGAGUGGGGAAGGGAGUGGUGACCCCUUCCCCACCACCACAGCGCCAACUCCCCCAGCCAGGGAAGGCUCGCCAGGGGAGGGGCAGGGCUGGAAGCAGGUUGUCCCACGGCCUGUGGGACAACCUGCUCGCCAUUGCACAGACCCUGUCCCUCACCCUGGUGGUGUACUCCGCCCUGCUGGAGUACUUCCCUGACUGAGGGGGGCAGCCGGCCCCACAGGGCAGUCGGCUGCCCGGGGAGGGGGG